AAGUGGUCGCAUCCUUUUUGUUAUUAAAGUUUUUCCUUUUUUUAAUUAAAUUUAAUAUCAGAAAGUGAAGCUUUAUAAUUUUUUUUGGCAAAUAUGAUUACGAUUGUGAUAUCAAUCAUGUUAUUAGUUAUAAUUUUGACGUCCUGGUUUAUUUUGGUGAGAGACUGGCAAGAGUGCAAUAUUCCUGGACCUCUUCCCUUGCCUUUACUUGGAUUCGCACAUAAUUUGAUCAUGAUUAAGCCAUCAGGAUUCUUGCCACUGCUUCACAGAUUCAAAAUGGAAUACGGAGAUGCAUUUCGAGUGCAUUUGUUUCAUAAUCCAUACGUAAUUUUAUCACAUCCGAAAUACGUGGAGCCCUUAGUAUCUCACAGCGAGUUGAUCACAAAAGGCCGAUCGUAUUCUUUCCUUCGGCCAUGGCUUGGGGACGGGCUCCUGACAUCUACAGGUUUUAGAUGGAGGACCACUCGGAAAUUCUUGACACCGGCAUUUCAUUUUAAUGUUUUGCAAAAUUUUUUACCCGUUUUUCUCAAAAACGAGAAGAUAUUAAUAAAGAAACUGCAAAAUUACGCCGAUGGAAGAGCCUUUGACGCGUUCCCAAUCAUUGCGCUGACUGCUUUAGAUAAUGUUACAGAGUCAAUAAUGGGGGUAUCUAUUGAAGCUCAAACCAACAGUGAAUCCGAAUAUGUAAAAGCAAUUGAAACUGUCGCCAAGAUUGUAUCGUUGAGAAUGAGAAAUCCCUUCGCAGGAGAGGAAACAAUUUUCAGGUUACUUCGACAUAAAAAAGCUCAAGAUGAAGCCUUGGGUGUUCUGCACUCUCAGACGCAGAAAGUGAUAAAAAUGCGACGAGAGGAAUUAAAAAAUGUAAACAAAUCUGGAGUCAAUGAACAGAGUGAUAAUGGUAUUAAAAAUAAGCACGACUUUUUGGAUUUGCUCUUAUUAUCAACGAUCGACGGAAAAAAAAUCGAUGACCAACACGUAAGAGAAGAGGUUGACACGUUUAUGUUUGAGGGUCAUGAUACUACGACGUCCGGUAUCUCAUUCACUUUGUAUUGUCUGGCAAAACAUCCUGAGAUGCAAGAGAAAAUUCUUGAGGAACAAAGAAGAAUACUUGGCCAAAAUUUGGAUAGGGAUCCAAGCUAUGUAGAUCUCAAAGAGAUGAAAUAUUUGGAGCUAGUUAUCAAAGAGAGUCUACGAAUGUAUCCGUCAGUGCCGCUCAUAGAAAGGCUAAUGGUUAAAGAUACUGAGAUAGCUGGGCUAAAAUUAAGGAAGGGUACUUCGGUGUUAGUGAAUAUAAUGGAGAUGCAUCGUAAUCCUGAGCUCUACGACAAUCCUUUGGAGUUUCGACCAGAGAGACACGACACGGCGUCAGCGAACUCGGCAAAGAAUGCUUUCAGUUGGCUCGCUUUUAGUGCUGGACCCCGGAACUGUAUUGGACAAAAAUUCGCAAUGAUGGAAUUAAAAAUAACCGUGGCGAGUGUCAUAAAAAACUUCACAGUGCUGCCCGUAGACGUGGAAGAACCAGGGCUGUGCGCUGAACUUAUUUUGAGGAGUGAAGUUGGGGUUAAUAUUAAAUUGAAACCUAGAAAUAAAACUUGCUAAUAUAAAAUUGUUACCAUGAAAUUCUGCGUAAUGCAAAAAUGCACCUACAAGUUGUUAACGACUAAGUAAUUAGCUUAGUUAAAUAGAACAUAAUAACAUUAUAAUAAUAAACAAUGGUCACAAUGGCGUGCACAUGCAGAAAAGCACUAUCCACCCUAAAAUGUUUGUAAAGGCUUUCGAAGGCUACGAUGAAAAGGAGAAUAGGAAGACCUCAAACAAAAGGACGACGAAGCUCCAAUUACUAUUGGUAGUAGCUGCCGAGUAGCUACAGAACAUGAGGUAGAUGAGACGCUCAUUAUAUUAUGAAUACGAAAUACAUGUUGUCACAAUAAUAUGAUUGGGAAAGCCGACCCCGAAUUGCUGGAUAAGGCGAGACCAAAGAAUUAAAUAGAUAUACAUAAUAUAAUUUAUGAAUUUUAUACACUAGGUAGGUAGGUGGUAAGUAGGUACAUAAAAUUGAGUUCCAAUCAAUUGUGAUUUUGGUGAUAGUUUUAUAAUUUUAAAGGUUUAAUGAUAAUUAUGCAUACUUAAUUAUUUUAUUUCGAAGAGCCAACUUAAAUACCUAACUUGAAUUAAUGUUGAAUAGAUAA